AUGCAUCUGCUGAGUAUUGCCAGUCUCCUUGCGCUUCCCGUUCUUGGGAGUGCACAGUCUUUCGCUACUCGUCAAGCUCCAGAGGUUGCAGAUGAGAUCAACAACGCUACUGUUCCUAUUGCGAAGAGCUACAUAAUCGAGUAUACCUCAGGAUCAGCCAAAGCUCGUCGCGACGUUGCCCUCCAGGCCGACAUUAAGGUCGUCAAGAAUUUUGAGAGCGACAUAUUCUCCGGCGCCAGCAUUGAGACCGACACCCACAACAUUGAUAGUCUCCAGAACCUAGCUGGUGUUGCUCGCGUCUGGCAGAAUACCCGUGUCAGCUUGUCCCCCGUUGAGGGCCUCAAGUCGAUUGAGGAGGCUGCCGCUGGUAACUACAGCCCGCACAAUACGACCGGUGUGAGCAAGCUGCACGACAAGGGCAUAUUCGGGCAGGGAGUCAAAGUCGGAGUUGUUGACUCUGGAACUUGGUACACGCAUCCAGCCCUCGGAGGUGGCUUCGGCCCGGGUUUCAAGGUUGCCGGUGGUUACGAUCUCGUCGGCAAUGGAAUCUGGCCCUACGAAGACAAGACUCCAGAUGAUGAUCCGCUGGACCAGCUUGGACAUGGCAUGAUCUUUUCUGAUUUGCGGCAGGACGCGACGGACGAUGCUACUCUCAUCGAGGCUUUCCUCCGAGCCUACUCCGACGGCGUUGACAUCAUCACUGCCAGUAUCGGCGGUCCAGGUGGCUGGUCUACGAAUGCGUGGGCUGAGAUCGCUUCUCGCUUGGUAGACGAGGGAGUCGUAGUCACGAUCGCUAAUGGCAACUCUGGCGCUGCCGGUGCCUUCUUCGGAAGCAGUGGCUCCUCCGGCAAGAAUGUUCUCGCCGUCGCCUCCGUAGAGACCGAGAAGUAUCCGGCCUCGCCCUUUGAGCUGACAUCAGUCCUCGAUGGAAACACCGAGACUGUUAAGGCUGGAUACUUGCCUUCGACCUACUACUUCUCAUCCGAUAUACUUGACUGGCCAGUCGUUCCUCUCAACUUUGACAUUACUGAUCCUGCGGACGGCUGCGAACCCUACCCCAACGGCACGCGCAGCCUCAAGGGCGUCGUUCCCUUGGUGAGAAGAGGCACUUGCACUUUCGCAACUAAGCAAGCCAAUUUGGUUGCCCUUGGUGCCGAGUACAUCUUGUUCUACAACAACGAAAACCCCAUCAUUACUCCCGGAACCGAUGACGAUGUUGGUUUGAUUGCCCUCAUCACUGCCGCACUUGGCAAGGCUAUCAUUGAGACGGUUCAAGCCGGCGGCAAUGUCACCGCGGACUUUUCACUCAAUCCCGAGCAGGUUGUUGGCUUGGAAUACCCGGCAGGUGGUCGGCCCAACACUUUCACUUCCUGGGGUGCUUCAAACGACCUCGAUAUCAAGCCUGAUAUUGCUGCUCCUGGUGGUCAAAUCUUCAGCACCUAUCUUGAUGACACGUAUGCGUUGCUCUCCGGUACCUCGAUGGCCACACCUUACGUAGCCGGUGUGGCUGCCCUCUUCAUCAGCGCCCACGGCGGCCGGUCUGUACACGGCAAGGGCUUCGCCAAGACACUGCACCAAAGAAUCAUCGCCAGUGGAACCUCUCUUCCCUGGUCCGACGGAACCGCUACCGACUACGGCUUCUCCGCAUCGGUGGCCCAAGUUGGCAACGGCCUCGUUAACGCCUUCAAGAUUGUCAACUACACCACCGACAUUGCCUUUGAGAAGAUCGCCCUCAAUGAUACCCACUACUUCAGCCGUUACCACGACGUGACUGUAACUAACAAUGGUGCCAAGGAUGUGAGCUACAAGCUCUCGUACGAAGCUGCCGCGGGAGUGGAAAUCCUUGGAUGGUACCCAUUCGUCACACCCUGGGGUGGCGAGAAAAGACUGAAGAGCUUUACGGAGUUAACGCCCAAGAGUCUCCCUGUGGAGGUGUCUUUGCCGAGAGACUUCACUUUGAAACCGGGUGAGAGCAAGACUGUCAGUGUCAACUUUCCCAACCCAGACGGCCUUGACUGGAACUCUUCUGCUCUGCCGAUCUACAGCGGAAAGGUCAUAGUCUCCGCAAAUAACGGAGAACAACUUUCCGUGCCCUACCUAGGCCUCGGUGCGAACCUGAAGGCCGAGAUUAGCCCGAUCUAUCGUCCUUCGUACCCCUUCACCACGCAGAGAGACUAUGUGUACUCUUUCAAUCUCGACCCAUCCGUCGCCGAUUUCCCUAUCAUCUACUCAAAGCUCAUUUGGGGCAGCAAGGAGGUCCGAUGGGAUAUUUACGAAGCUGGUUGGACCGAUAGACAAUGGGAAUAUCCGCCCGUCCCCGGCCACAACGGCUACAUUGGCCCAGCCACCAGCCACGUCGUAGCAGGCAGUGCGUCGUACUUUGACCCCACUCGUUAUGACCCUGAUGACACCUGGACCUACCCUCAAGUUGAUCUGUACCGCAAUGCUCAGACUCAGGCGUCGUAUCACGAGUUCUGGUGGUUCGGGAAACUUGGCAACGGAAGCCAGAUUGAACUCGGAAACUACACCAUGCGAUUCGCCACGCUGAAGCCUUUCGGAAACCCUGCGGCUGCUGAUAACUGGGAUAUUUUCCAAACACCGCAGAUCCAAGUUACUGGCAAAUACGAGAGACGAGGAUAG